AUGUCCUCCCAAGGAGCCAGCGCCCACCCCCCUUUCACGACCGCGCUGCUCGCGGGCGCCCUGGCCGGCACCACAGUCGACCUCUCCCUCUACCCGCUCGACACGCUCAAAACCCGGCUGCAGUCCUCGUCGGGCUUCCUCGCCUCGGGCGGCUUCACCGGUAUCUACCGCGGGGUCGGCAGCGCCAUCGUGGGGUCCGCGCCUGGCGCUGCCCUCUUCUUCUGCACCUACGAGUAUACGAAGGACUUCCUGUCCCAGCGCCGAAUCGCCAAGCAGGCGUUCGCCGGCGGCGGCGGCGGCGGCGGAGGAGGAGGAGGAGGAGGAGGGGCGAGCGGGGACGACGACUGGGCGGCGCCGAUCGAGCACAUGCUUGCGGCGAGCAUGGGCGAGGUGGCGGCGUGCGCGGUGCGGGUCCCGACCGAGGUCAUCAAGCAGCGGACGCAGGCUGGGCAGUACCCGUCGUCGCUGCUGACCAUCCGGGCGAUCCUGUCGCAGCAGCGCGCGAUCGGGGUGGCGGGCGUGUGGAUGGAGCUGUACCGCGGGUGGUCGGUGACGAUCAUGCGGGAGGUGCCGUUCACCGUCAUCCAGUUCCCGCUGUGGGAGGCGAUGAAGGAGUAUAGGAGGCGGACGUCGGGGAAGGACGGUAUCAGUGCUCUCGAGAGUGCGUUGUUUGGGAGUGCGGCUGGCGCGAUUGCGGCGGGGACGACCACGCCGCUGGACGUCUUGAAGACGAGGAUGAUGCUGGCGAAGGAGAAGACGGCAAUGGUGCCGCUGCUGAAGCAGAUUUUGAAGGAUAAUGGGCCUCGGGCUUUCUUUUCUGGAGUUGGACCGAGAGUACUAUGGAUCAGUGCUGGAGGUGCCAUCUUCUUGGGGUCAUAUCAAUGGGCAUACAACUCUCUUUCUGGGAAAGGCAAUUCGUAG